AUGUCAUGUUCGUGCAAGGCUGGUCUAAGUGAAAGUUAUAAGCAUGUAGUAGCUACACUUCUCUACUGCAACAGAAAUGCUGUUGAAAAAUUGCAGCUUAUCACUUGCACUGACAAAAAAUGCACGUGGAGUGCUCCGCAAAAGGAUGCGCUUGAAAAGUAUGAACCUAAACCAUUGGAAGAACACGACUGUUUUCAAUUAAAGCUACAGAAAAGUUUGGAGGCUCCAGGUAAAAAACAUAAAAAAAAAAAUCAAGACCCACCGGUUUGUAUGGAACUAAUAAAGCUGACUGAAGAAGAAAAUGACGAACUGCUAAAUAUUAUGUUAGAAAAUUUACCCUGCAGUGCAUUGAAGGAACACAUGUAACGAAAUAUACAUAACUAAAUAAUUUGUAUAUUUUUUUUCUUUAAUUUUGCACAUUUGUUAACUAUUCAAUUCUUUGUUUUAUUUAGAACUGGAAGACACGACGUUCUUGAG